UAGUGCGGAAUUUACAGAACAUAUAUAUUUUAUUAAAUGAACGAUGCAUGGAUUUAACAAAAGCAUGACUGGGAACGAACGAACUUGUUAAAUAUCUGAAGGGUCUUUACAUACAAGUAUUGGUGUUGUUUUCCAGUGGAAAGAAAGAGCUCUCUCUUGUCAGCAGUAGGCAGGCAAACUAAUGCAACAGCUGAGCUCGAAACACUCCUUGAGCAUGUGCUAACGUCCAACUAAAGACGGCGAAGUGGAAGCAACAGUUCGACCCAUGUGUGGCAGCGUGGAGCCAAAUUACACACAUGUUUGGAAAUAAGCCUUAUCGAGCUCUCUUUGCCGCCUUAAACUCCUAGUGUAGUCAGGUAGAGUAUGGGGUUGAAGAAAGAGGUUAGACCGACAGACAGGAGUGUUUCGUCAUGUGAUUGUAUUGUGUUCCUAGGUUAAACUUCUAACCCGUCUCACAGGCAACUGAAGUUAAUGUGCCUGUGUCUCGACACCCCUGACUUAUCAACCAUCACCCUCGAUGCGUUUUAACUGCGGGCCAUUCAUUGUUUGGAGGGAAUUUACUGGCAAUUCAUCAGUAGAAAUAACGACCGUUAACUGCCACGGAAGAAAGACAUUUUUACUGUUAAUUGUUAUCGAAGGACUAUUUUUCACAAUAUGCCAGAGCAGCGGAUUUCACGUUGGUAUUUUGGGGGAAUUGCCUCUUGUGGAGCUGCUUGCUGCACGCACCCACUGGAUCUAAUCAAGGUGCUCCUGCAAACCCAGCAGGAGGUGAAGACCAGGAUGGUGGGCAUGGCUGUUCAUGUCGUACGCAGUGAUGGGGUGCUGGCUCUCUACAGCGGCCUCAGUGCUGCGGUCUGCAGACAGCUCACCUACUCCAUGACGCGCUUUGCUAUCUACGAGACCGUACGAGACAUGAUGGGCAGCGGGACUAACAGACCCAUGCCCUUCUACCAGAAGGUUCUACUGGCUGCUUUCGGAGGGCUAGUAGGGGGUUUCGUUGGCACACCUGCAGACAUGGUUAAUGUAAGGAUGCAAAAUGAUGUCAAACUGCCAUCAGAGCUCAGGAGAAAUUAUGCCCAUGCACUGGAUGGCCUUUUCCGAGUCUGGAGAGAAGAGGGGAUGAGGAAGCUGUUCUCAGGGGCCACCAUGGCAUCCAGUAGGGGUGCUCUUGUCACAGUUGGUCAGCUCUCGUGUUAUGACCAGGCCAAACAGCUGGUUGUUGGCACAGGAGUGAUGACCGACAACAUUGUCACCCACUUCUUGGCCAGCCUUAUAGCAGGAGGCUGUGCUACUAUUCUCUGCCAGCCUCUGGAUGUACUGAAGACCAGGCUGAUGAACUCAAAAGGGGAAUAUGGGGGGGUGGUCCACUGUCUGCUGGAUACUGCGAAACUGGGACCCAAGGCUUUUUACAAGGGUCUGGUUCCUGCUGGAAUCCGCCUGAUCCCUCAGACUGUGCUCACUUUCAUGUUCCUGGAGCAGCUGCGCGCACACUUUGGGAUCAGGGUCAUCCCCUCAACGUGAGACUUCACCCUCAUCCUGAACACUGUGUCCACUUGGGGUUCAGGUGGACCAGCAAGAUGGCUAUUUUCAGGGAUGAAAGAUCCUGCCCCGUUGAAGUCCAGCCAGCACUCAUAAAUGAACAUAGCCAAGCCUUAUGCCAAGGCUGCCCAUAUAUAGUCAUGGAGAAAAAUAUUGACACCCCUGCACUUCU